UCCUUACACGUAGUACAUAAAAAAACUCCUCAUCUUUGGCAUUCCUAUCUCAGCUCUUGAGGAUGGAACAGAUGAAAGAGUUAGCGUUGACGUUCAGCAUGGGCUCUUCUGAUCAUGCCUCUGCAGCUUCUGCUGCUGCUUCCUUCCAAGACAACGACGAAGUUGAGUUGCAGUGGGCGGCAAUUGAGAGACUGCCAACUUUCCGGCGGGUAAGGUCGUCGUUGUUUCCGAAAGAUGGCAAAGAAGAGAAUGAGAGGGAGGUGAUCGACGUCACCAAGCUUGGAGCUCUGGAACGCCAUGUUCUAAUCGAGAAACUGAUAACCAAAGUCGAGGAGGACAAUCUCCGGCUCUUGAAGAAACUCAAAGAAAGAAUAGAUAGGGUGGGAUUGGAGUUGCCGACGAUCGAAGUAAGAUACCAAAAUUUGUGUGUGGAAGCAGAAUGUGAAGUGGUUCAUGGGAAGCCUCUUCCUACCCUUUGGAACACCAUCCAGGGUGUAUUCUCUGCUGCGACGAACGUUAGCAGAUGCAAGGUCCAACAAAACAAGAUCAAUAUUCUCAAAGAUGUCAGUGGCAUCAUCAAGCCUUCAAGGCUCACUUUAUUGCUUGGCCCUCCAGGCUGUGGGAAAACCACCCUGUUGCAGGUACUUGCAGGGAAGCUCAAUCCAUCUUUCAAGGUCACCGGGGAAAUCACCUAUAAUGGCUACAAGUUUACGGAGUUUGUUCCCCAGAAAACAUCAGCCUAUAUAAGUCAAUAUGACCUGCACAUUUCUGAGAUGACUGUAAGAGAGACACUUGACUUCUCAGCACAGUGUCAGGGCAUUGGAAGCAGAGCAGAUAUUAUGAAAGAAGUCAGUCGAAGGGAGAAACAAGAAGGGGUUAUCCCUGAUCCUGAUUUAGACACUUAUAUGAAGAUCCUUGGACUAGACAUUUGUGCUGAUACAAUUGUGGGAGAUGCCAUGAUCAGGGGGAUCUCAGGUGGUCAAAAGAGAAGGCUGACAACAGGGGAAAUGAUAAUCGGUCCAACAAAAGCUCUGUUUAUGGAUGAAAUAUCAAAUGGCUUAGACACCUCUACCACUUUUCAGAUUGUUACCUGUCUACAGCAAUUGGCACACAUAACAAAGGGCACAAUCUUAAUAUCACUUCUUCAACCAGCACCAGAGACAUUUGAUCUUUUUGAUGAUAUUAUGUUAAUGGCAGAAGGAAAGAUUGUGUAUCACGGACCACGUAUUUGUAUUCAAGAAUUCUUUGAAAAUUGUGGUUUUAGGUGCCCACCACGUAAAGGUGUUGCUGACUUCCUCCAAGAAGUACUUUCAAAGAAGGAUCAGGCUCAGUAUUGGUGUCAGCAGGACCAACCUUACAGUUAUGUUUCUGUUGACAAGUUCAUUGCUGCAUUCAAAGAAUUCCAUGUUGGACAGAAGCUAAAUGAAGAACUCUGCAUACCUUACCAUAAAAAUGAGAGUGACAAAAGUGCAUUGUCAUUUAACAUCCAUACAUUGAGACAGUGGGAAGUAUUUAGAGCAUGCAUGGCUAGAGAGUGGCUUCUCAUGAAGCGGAACUCAUUCAUUCAUGUUUUCAAAUCAGCACAGCUAGUUCUAUUUGCAGUAAUAGCAAUGACAAUAUUUAUACGCACCAGGAUGAGAGUUGAUACUGUCCAUGCAACCUACUACAUGUUUUCCUUGUUUUAUGCUCUUCUAAGACUUGCAUGCAAUGGGCUGGCAGAGUUCUCAUUAACUAUUUCCAGACUUGCAGUAUUCUACAAGCAAAGAGAUUUCUACUUCUAUCCAGCAUGGGCUUAUUCAAUUCCAGCAGUUAUUCUAAAGAUCCCAUUUUCAUUGCUGGAUGCUUUUCUUUGGACGGUUCUUACAUAUUAUGUGAUUGGUUAUAGUCCCGAACCGGAAAGGUUUUUUCAACAACUCCUAAUCCUUUUCCUCCUCCAUCAAGUGGCAGUAUCACUGUUCCGUCUAAUCGCUUCCAUUGUUCGAAGCCCCGCAGUUGGAUCAAUCUAUUGCAUAUUUAUCUUAUCAAUAAUCUUUUUAUUUGGCGGUUUUGUGAUUCCAAAACCAUCACUGCCUACUUGGCUGAAAUGGGGCUUUUGGAUUUCACCGCUGUCAUACGCUGAAAUAGGUAUCAUGGUGAAUGAAUUUCUGGCUCCAAGGUGGCAACAGGGCUCAUCAAAUGAGACAUUAGGACAUCUAAUUCUGAGACAGAUGGGUUUAAACUUCAAGGCGUACUACUACUGGAUAUCAGUUGCAGCUUUAAUAGGAUUCUGGAUGAUUUACAACAUUGCUUUCACCCUUGCACUGAGUUAUUUGAAGCCUCCAGGGAGAUCACGGGCUGUUGUCUCUCGUGAAAGGUUCUCUUAUCUAAAGGGAAUAGAAGAUUCAGGCAAUGCAAAUCAGGAAAAAGAACCACCUUCUGCUGAUACCGCAAGCGCUGUUAUAGAAACAAAAACCACAGCGAUGGUUUUACCAUUUGAGCCCAAAACAAUAACAUUCAAGAACGUGCAAUACUUUGUUGAUACUCCAAAGGAAUUGAGAGAACAAGGGUUUCAGCAGAAAAAACUACAGCUUCUUCAAGAUAUUACAGGUGCAUUUAGGCCUGGAGUUCUUACAGCUUUGAUGGGAGUUAGUGGAGCUGGGAAAACUACACUGAUGGAUGUUCUCUGUGGAAGAAAAACUGGAGGUUAUAUUGAAGGAGAGAUAAGAAUAGGAGGGUAUCCCAAAGUCCAGGAGACAUUUGCCAGAAUAUCUGGUUACUGUGAGCAAACCGACAUACAUUCACCGGAGCUAACAAUAGAGGAAUCAGUAAUGUACUCAGCUUGGUUGCGCUUGCCAAUGCAGAUUGAUACGCAUAAAAGAAUGGAAUUUGUAGCAGACGUUCUUCAAAUGAUUGAACUGGAUGAAAUCAAAGAUUCACUGGUUGGCAUCCCCGGUGUUAGUGGUUUAUCACCUGAACAGCGUAAACGGCUAACUAUAGCAGUUGAGCUCAUUUCUAAUCCAUCCAUAAUAUUUAUGGAUGAACCCACUUCCGGUUUAGAUGCCAGAGCAGCUGCAAUUGUCAUGCGUGUUGUGAAGAAUAUUGUUAAUACAAACAGGACAAUAGUAUGCACCAUUCACCAGCCAAGUAUCGACAUAUUUGAGGCCUUUGAUGAGCUAAUUUUGAUGAAAAGAGGAGGGUGCCUAAUAUACUCUGGGGAGCUGGGUCAGCAUUCAAAUAAGUUAAUUGGAUACUUUGAGGGUAUACCUGGUGUGCCAAAAAUUAAAGAAAAUUAUAAUCCAGCAACAUGGAUGUUAGAAGUCACAAAUCCAUCUGUAGAAGCUCAACUUGGGGUAGACUUUGCCUCUCUCUACAAAGAAUCACAUCAGUAUGGAGGGGCUGAACAGGAUCUUUUCAACCUAAUGGGACCACUCUAUGUUUUCAUCAUGGUAGUGGGGUUAUCAAGUUGUUCAUCUGUGACUCCAUUUAUAGCUACUCAGCGGACUGUUGUCUACCGAGAAAGGUUUGCUGGAAUGUAUUCCUCAUGGGCAUAUUCGCUGUCACAGGUUUCAAACUCUGAAGCAUUGCUAGCAUUUCCAAGAGAUCAACAUUAGAAAUUGAAACUUGCAAAUCUUAACAAAAACAAGUUCUUUAUGCUGCAGGUGAUUAUUGAAAUUCCAUAUGUCUUCCUUGAGGCAGCUUUGUUUUCAAUGAUCACAUAUCCAGCAGUAAAUUUCUAUGGGUCAG